AUGGCCAACAACAUCCAUGCUGCCACGGUUACUGCGGGUUCUACGUCUGCUGGUGCCGAGCGCGAUUUUUCGCAGCUCUCACUGACCGAGCUGGGACAGGAGAAGCAGCGUAUUGAGCAGGAGUUAAAAGAAAACAGCGCCGUUCUCAGCUCGUACGCUGUGAGUAUGACCUCUACUCUAACGACCUUCGAUGGCUUUCCACGCAGCGAUAUUGACGUUCCGCAAGUUCGAAUGGCGCGCGUGCGCAUUAUCCACCUUCGAAAUGACCACAAGGAGGUUAUGAAGUAUAUGGAGCAGGGUGUCCAUGCGCACUUUGCCCAGCUACGUAACAGCACCGGUAACAACACUGGUGCCACCGCGACGACCAAUGGUACCAGUGUAUCUUCCUCUGCACCCACCGCGAACCCAGACAACAUCAAUCCCCGUACCAGAGCCUUUGGAGCACCAUUCGCCAAGAUCAAUGCUGUUGAACCAGGUAGUCCAGCUUACCAAGCGGGUCUGAAGGUUGGAGACUUGAUUCUAGGCUUUGGGAGCAUACAUUGGCUGAACCCUGGGCUUCUGUCAAAGAUUGCCGAGACUGUGCAAGAGAACGAAGGGCGUCCAAUUUUAGUCAAAGUGUCGCGCAAGGAGGAGAGUGGGUCCGGUACUAUAGAAUUGCAAUUGCAGCUUACACCUCGGCGCAAUUGGGGUGGUCGGGGCAUGCUAGGCUGUCUUCUAGUUCCAUUGUAA